UGAACCAGCCACGUAAUAAUAAAUAUGGACUGGUAAUCGAAGAAAGUACAUUGACUACAACAACUAAAAUAAGACGAAGCGAUUCAUCUAACAAUACGUCACUCAUACACUUAACGUCAAAUACGUCACGAUGUUGCAUAUUUCCAUGUGGAAAUUUUGGGUUUUGAUUUGUUACGUAAUGCUGUGACGCAGUGGCCAAAACAUGUGUGAUCCGCAGGUGGAUUAUACGUAAAAGUGACACACUCAGUCCAUAUUAUCAUGUCUAUGGUGGGCGGUUUCGAACACUUCUCCUCUAUAAUUUAGUAGGCACAACUGAAAAUUCUUAACUAACCGCGCUGUACUAAUAUAUCAUAUCUAACAGUAGAUCUAUAUAAUUUUGACGUUCCACAUUUUCACAGCCUCUUCACUAAUACAAUUCGAAUCCUUUCUCAAUGGAUACCAAUUAUGACAAUAUCCUAGAUUGCUCUGAAGAACAAAAAGAGGUAAAUUGUGAUCAAAUCAAAAGUGAAGAAAGCGUUGAUAUUUAUUAUGAGGAUAUUAAAAAAGAAAUCAAAGAGGAAGAAGAAGGGGAAGGUACAACAGAUUUGUUGAAAAUGGAUGGUUCCAAGAUUGAACUUUAUCACCAUGAACAAAUCAAAAGUGAGGAGUUUGAUAUUUGUUAUGAAGAUAUGGAGGGGAAAACAGCAGGUGAAUUUGGAGAUGAUGUUAAUAUCGAUAGUGCAAUAUACUCAUUGGCCUAUAAAACUUUCAAGUCCGAACAAUCGGAAUCUAAUGAUGCAGAGAGCAGUCAUAUGACUGAGGAUGGCAACCCUUUGUCUGGCACUACAACAGAAUCUGAAUCAUUACUGAACAUUAACAUACAAGAUGAAAAAAUGUUCAAGAAAGAAAAAACGUUUCCAGCAUUUUCCAAAGGAGAGUUUCCAGUUGAGAAUUCCGGAAUUAAUGACAAUGAUAGUAGAAGAGAAAAUUUUUGCAAGAAAUCGUUUUCUCAAAUCGGCAAAACGAUAAUUCAGACUAAGGAAAAGCUUGUGAAUUGUACAUUUUGUGAAAAGUCUUUCAGGUUCCGUAGUUGCUUAAUAAGACAUCAAAGAACUCAUACUGGGGAAAAACCAUAUAGUUGUAAAUUAUGCAAAAAAUCUUUCUCCCAAAAUAGUACUUUGCUGAAACAUCAAAGAACUCAUACUGGGGAAAAACCAUAUAAUUGUGAAUUUUGCGCUAAGGCCUUUAUUCAUAGUCAUAUCUUGAAAAAUCAUCAAAGAACUCAUACUGGAGUUAAACCAUAUAAUUGUAAAUUUUGCAAAAAGUCUUUCAACCACAGUACUAGCUUAGAAAUUCAUCAAAGAACUCAUACUGGAGAAAAGCCAUUCAAUUGCAAAUUUUGCAUGAAGUCUUUCAAUUGUAGAAGUAGCAUGAUAAUUCAUCAGAGAACUCAUACUGGAGAAAAACCAUACAAUUGUAAAUUGUGCGAAAAAUCUUUUGCUCAAAAUAGUUCUCUCAAAAAUCAUCAACGAACUCAUGGUGAAGAAAAGCCAUAAGUUGUAAAUUUUGUUAGAAGCAAGUAUCCUGCAAGUGCACUUGAAAUAUCAUGGA